GGACAAAAUCAAGCGAUGCUCCCUUCUUGUCCCGCACCUCGCUGAUUCCAAUCUCUUCUGCGCCGCGCUGGUUAGUUGGCGGCAGCGAGUACGAAAUCGAGAGCGCAGCAGCAUGCGACCGGAACGGCCAUUGCCGCCGCUGCCGCCGUCACAAGAGACGGAGGAAGGGGUGGGAGCACCAGGAAUGGACGUGCCCACCAGGUUGCCAGACCCAGUGGCGUCGCCUAUACUGAGGCACUCGUCUGCCAACUCGAUGAGGAGGACGCGGUCGCUGCGGUCCCUCAUGGCCGACUCGCCGUCCGUCACCUUCGCGGCCAACCUCAGGUCGGGCUCCAAGGCCGAGUCCACCGCGUCCUCGCUCGAGAGCUUCCGGUUCCAGCGCGACGGGUCCGCGUCAGGGACCCCCGCGGUGUUCUCGCGGGUAUCCACCAGGCGGUCCGCGUCCGAGCGCGCCGGCUCGCAGCGCGACCUCCGGGACGAGGACGCGCGGUUCGUGUACAUCAACGACGCGGACCGCACGAACGCGCCGCCGGCCGGGCUCCCCGACAACUCCAUCCACACCACCAAGUACUCAGUUGUCACCUUCCUCCCGCGCAACCUCUACGAGCAGUUCCACCGGGUGGCCUACCUGUACUUCCUCGUCCUGGUGGCGCUGAACAUGGUGCCGCAGCUCGGCGUGUUCACGCCGGCCGCGUCCGUCCUCCCGCUGGCAUUCGUGCUCGGCGUGACGGCGGUGAAGGACGCGUACGAGGACUGGAGGCGCCACCGGUCCGACAGGAACGAGAACAACCGCACCGCGUCGGUGCUGGUGGGCGGCGUGUUCGUGCCCAAGCGCUGGAAGGAGGUGCAGGUGGGCGAGGUGCUGCGCGUGGUGGCCAACGAGACGCUGCCGUGCGACAUGGUGCUGCUGUCCACGAGCGACCCCACCGGCGUCGCCUACGUGCAGACCAUCAACCUCGACGGCGAGUCCAACCUCAAGACGCGGUACGCCAAGCAGGAGACGAUGCCCACGCCGCCGGAGGCGCUCGCGGGGGUCAUCAAGUGCGAGAAGCCCAACCGCAACAUCUACGGCUUCCUCGCCACGGUCGACCUCGACGGCCGCCGCGCCGUCUCGCUCGGCCCCUCGAACAUCGUGCUCCGGGGGUGCGAGCUCAAGAACACGACCUGGGCCAUCGGCGUGGCCGUCUACACCGGCCGGGACACCAAGGUGAUGCUCAACAGCUCCGGGGCGCCGUCCAAGCGCAGCCGCCUGGAGACGCGGAUGAACCGCGAGACCAUCAUCCUCGCCGUCGUCCUGUUCGUCCUCUGCGCCAUCGUGUCGGUGCUCGCGGGCGUCUGGCUCGGCGACCACAGCGACGAGCUCGGGGUGAUCCCCUUCUUCCGCAAGAGAGACUUCUCGGUGAAGGACGACCCGGAUGCCACGUACAAGUGGUACGGGAUGGGCGCCGAGGUGGCGUUCACCUUCAUGAAGUCGGUGAUCAUAUUCCAGGUGAUGAUCCCCAUCGCGCUGUACAUCUCCAUGGAGAUCGUCAGGGUCGGGCAGGCUUUCUUCAUGGUGCAGGACAGGCACAUGUUCGACGACAAGCGGCAGGCCAAAUUCCAGUGCCGCGCGCUCAACAUCAACGAGGACCUGGGACAGAUCAAGUACGUGUUCUCCGACAAGACCGGCACGCUCACCGAGAACCGGAUGGAGUUCCGGUGCGCCAGCGUGCACGGAGCAGACUUCAGCGACACUGCCGGCGCCGGCGCCGACGACGGGCAUUCUGUGAUCGGGGAGGACGGCGUCGCGCUGCGGCCGAAGACGGCCGUGAAGACCGACCCCGAGCUGGUGGCGCUGCUCAAGGAAGGCGGCGGCGGCGCGAGUGCCGACCGCGCCCGCGACUUCCUCCUGACGCUGGCGACGUGCAACACCAUCGUGCCGAUCGUGGUCGACGACGACGACAACGACUCCGCGGCGGCGGCGGCCAGGCUCCUGGAGUACCAGGGCGAGUCCCCCGACGAGCAGGCGCUGGUGUACGCCGCCGCGGCGUACGGGUACACCCUCGUGGAGCGCACCUCCGGCCACGUCACCGUCGACGUGCUCGGCUCCAGGCAAAGGCCAACCAAGCCGCGCCGAGCUUGGCACCUGCCUGCAUCACCCGGCCGCCGGGCGCGAGAUGUCGCGCGCGUACGGGACCCUCCUGAGGCGUGCGUGGGCGGCGCCGCCGUGCUGGAUCAAGACUUGUUUGUCCUAAGUAAUACUCCGUAGCAUCGUGCGCUAACUGUGCCCUCCGCUUGAUGGAUCCCUGGCGAGUUUGGCGUGCCGUGUAGGACGCUCCGGCAGGGCUUGGCAGGUAAGGUUUACCGUGCUUGCCAUGAUUCAGCCAACGUUGGCCAGUGUUUCACUUUCACCGGUGGCGUGUCAACUGCAGUGGAUUCACAGGAGGGAGUUGACCGGUGCGAGGCCCAUGGUUCUGUGUAACCCUGUAGCAGGUCUGUCUUCUGAUAGCACGUGUACGCCUAACUUUUUUUUUCAGCGCCCUGUAAUUCGUUGAGUAGUCCAGGCUUCGAGUUUUCUUUCAGCCGGUUUGACCUGGUUUUAAUUAGUGUUGCAGCCACCGCGCGCAUGAUUCCAAGAGAUCCUUUCCUUGAUC